AUGGACGAAGGAUUCACGAAUGGCGAUACCCAGGCGCUAUAUCUCCAAAGUAUGCUCCAAGGAAGUUCGAGCGAUACAAUAUCGCGUGCAACUUCACCAGGUCUUGAAUUUGGGGCCAACGGAAUUGAUACCGACAGGGAGAAACGAUACAGACCAAGAACAUUUCCCUACUUCAAAUUAUUACCAUACAAAGUCGAGGAGGAGACUGAACGCAAUGUGGCGCUGGCAGAAAUUAUCAAACAGCUUUAUAUCGCUCUCAAGGCGGAAGAUAUUGCACCUGGUGCCGUACAUUGGACAAGAGAGCUUAGAGCAUGGCUGAGUCUGAAAUUCGACAUUACUCGGGCGCUGCGUGUGAAGCUUGUAAAGCUGUAUUACAUGCUUUCAUUAGCCCCAGGUUUAGAUCUAAGCAAUGGAGAACGAUUCGAGAGCAUGUUUCGUUUUCUUUUGACAAGGAAAAAGCAUCAUCUCAAACCCGGAGCUGAUCUUGUACUUGAUUGGCAACCACUUUGGAGAGAAAUCAAAGGCCUCGUUCUUCCUCACGAAAUUGCGGCGCAUCAAGGUAGUCGAAAGCGAAGUCACAAGAAUGUUUCGAGCCUCGCAGCUUAUGCCUCGCAGUUCUUUGAUCCCCGGGAAAGAAAAGCCAUGUUCGAGGAGAUUUUACCAUACUUUAGCACCUCAGAUUGUUCAUAUGCAUUCAUUUCCCUUGGAGCUCUGAAUAUGAUGAUGCCAACUCAGCCAUUACCAAAUGAACCGGGCUUACUUCAGCAACCCCAAGAUUAUCUGCCUACACUCUUCCAUCUUUGGUCACUUGUCAACCGCUCUAAGGUCUUCGAUGUAACAUUCUUAGACAUGUUUUCGAGACUUGCCCGAGAUUCCAUGACUAACGAACACGUCGGGUUCCACGAACAUGGUAUAUUUACAAAGGAACAGUCGGAUCUUAUAUUUACGGCAAUCUUAAGAUUGACUGAGAUACCUGUUGGGCAAGCAACCACCCCAUAUAGCCCAAUGGUUGACAUGUUUGCCGGCGUUGGCGUAUAUCUCGAGACUGACAAAAAGCGAACACCGGUGGGAUAUACGAUUGCACGAUGGAUAGUUAUGUCUCUUUCGCCAUUAACUCUCAACAGCCAAAGCUCAAUUUUGUCAAAUCUCGAGGGGUUGAUACAGUCUAUCGAUACCUUCUUCCAUCCAUCGAAUAAUGGAAAUUGGGCAGAUGUGUUAUCGCAAACUGUUUUCCAUCUUGUCGAUUUCUUCCUGUUACGCUGGAAUCGGGAACAGAGUGGUGAAAUGGACACACCUCCCGAGCGACGCAUCACUCCCGAGUUAAAGAAAAGAUUUGUCCUUAUCCUGAAAGAUGUGGUUUUUAUGGGUAUUUUUUCUAAAAGAACCAAAAUUCUCAAUGCAUAUUUUGUUGCACUUCAAGGUCUAGCAAAUCUAGAACCAAAUUUGAUUUUACCGGGAGCAUUGCAGCGUUUUUACCCUUCUCUUCAAGGUUUGGUUGAAGUCCAUCGAACUUCUUCGUCCCUUAUCAGUCUUCAAAUGCUCGCCAAUGUCAUGUCAAAACAUAAGGGCUACCGUUGCCACAUUACAGCGUUGCUAGCUCUAGCUUUACCUGGUAUCGAUGCGAACGAUUUAUCCAAAACCCAAUACACUCUGAACUUCAUACAGGCUGUGGCGUAUAGUAUACCAUUUACGGAUCUUACGAACAACCACGAUGGUAUCCAUGACACAUCUCUUGCCAUUCGGUGGGUACAAGGUGAGAUGGAACGACUGGAACGGGAUGGCCCAAACGUGGAGAUCGACUAUGAUACGGAGCUUAGUGAUGAGGAUGAAACCAAUGUACUACGAUCUUCUACCGCGGGCUUUGGCGAAUUCGUCUUAGCUUUGCUUGGGAAGAUAUUCAUUUUGUUGGAGAAUUUACCUGAACAGUCCAGGAUACAUACUGGAGCUCCGGAAGAAAACGUGGUCGGCGUUCUACCUGGCGCCCUUACUCCAUUGUUUUGUUCUUUAUCGCCUGACCUCUUCGAUAUGGCUUUGGAGAAGAUUGCAGCUUUUAUCAAUAGCCAUGUUGUCCACCAGGCUAGGGAUGCAAUGGCGUUUAUAUGCAAUUCAAUUUGCAAGGCUAAUCCGGAGAGGACAAUAAAAUUACUUCUGCCAAUGCUUGUCAUUGGUAUUAGAAAUGAGAUCGACUACAAUGAUGCUGCGACCGACAGGAAUAGUGGAUCUGAUGUCUUGCCUCGCGACCGAGCUUUAGUUUGGCAUGUGAGUAUGCUUAGCAUGAUUGCCGUUCAUGUUGGAGAUGCAGUCAUGCCAUAUAAGAAAGAACUUUUUGAUAUAGCUCUUUACAUGCAAGAAAAGUGUCACGGUCUCCCCACAAUGCAUGUCUCUAAUUUUAUUCACCACCUCCUACUCAACCUCACCACAAUAUACCCUAUUGACACAGCCCUAUAUGAACCAGAUGUUUUUGAGAGAGGCGUUGAUGUUGACGAUUGGGGUCGCAACACUAAGCCAUCAGAAUUAACGAUAAAGUGGCAUGUGCCUUCUCCCGAAGAGAUCGAUUUCGCCGUUGAAAUAUUUGAGUCUCAAGUAAAGACUUCAAUCGAGAAACUUUCUAACCUCACUAGUGAAGCUCCCGCCGUUUCUCGAAAGGGGAAGAACAAAGAGUGGUCAGACGAGGUUGAAAGGGCUCUUACACAUAUUCGGUUGAUGAUGUCCGGUAUUUCUGUUCUGUUCGACCCCAAAGCAGCUUCUGGAAACCAUGAUACCGAGCAUGGUUCAAAUGGAGAUAUCGUUAUGAAUAGAGACAACCCCAUGGAUGGAGACGAUGAUCCUUUAGCGGAGGCUUCCGAGGAUGAGGAAACCAGACCUCAAUUUCAUUAUCGUGCGGGAUACCUUUUGGAGAAGAAUGGCCCAGCCUACAUCCGUCUACACAAACUUCGCGAAGAUGUUGGCCACUUGUAUUGCAAAAUGCACGACUUUUUGGAACGACACCAAGAGGACGACGUUCCUUGUUUUACCGCACUUUAUCUGGCUUACAAAUCGUGGAUCACAGAUGUCGGCAAUGAGAAAUCUGCUCAUACUUUAGAGCGAAUGAGCAAAAUUUACCACUCCGAGAUUCGAUCUUUCAAAGUCACGGGACUCAGAAAGGCAUAUCCAAGACCUCUGCUAAUAAAGCGUGCUGGAAAUUAUCACCUGCAGCGAUCCAAGCACAAUGCAUCGGCACGACAAAAGUCGGAACUAGAUAAGCAACUUCUCUUGAAUCUAGCAUCAUCAGCAAUUUCCCAAUACGCCGAAGUUCGACUUAUGGCCCAGCAAGCUAUGGAAUCUGCUUUGAAGAGCGUGGUUGGCGGUCGGCCUCUAGUUAUUCCCUCCCUACUGAGUGCUUUCAGGAAGGCUUUAGAAAUAAAUGACUUCGACCGCAUCAAAGGUUGUCUCUAUACUUUACUCUUCGGUAGCCUUACGAAGACAAUCUCGAAAGAUUGGCGAUUUGCACCGGAGCUGAUUGAUCUCUAUAUCAAGUCUGCAUCUGUGGAUAAGCCCUCUAUCCAGAAGUUAAAUAGUACUGCCUUGUACGGAGGAUUGAUUGAAUUCGGCAGGAGAAUGGAGACUCACGUUAUUCUUGACCAAGCGCUCAUUAAAGAAAUAAAACCAAAGGAAGACUGUCACUUCAUCAUCAAGACCAGAAAUGACUUCAUUAUCGGGCGACGUGUGAAGGUGGAAGAUAAAAAGGAGAGACUGGCAGUGGAGCUUACUGAAUUCGCCCGAACAGCACAUUGGAGUAUUGCCCUACGAUGCACUUUGUUCAUCGCUAAUUUGGGUGUUCGAGUACAAACACUCGCGCCGUAUUCUACGAUUGAGCUCGCUACACUAAAUGCCGUCACUGAACAUCCUGGACUUCGAGCUGGCUAUACUGCAGUCAUGACUCGCAUUAUGACCCAUAUUGAAACUCGUGCUAUCUAUGGCCACAGCUUCGAGAAGUAUCUUCGUGAAGAGGAGUUUCAACCCAAUAAGCUCGAGAUUUCCGUAGAUAGCGAGGAUCCUAAAUGGACAAAGAAAUUCUUGGACUCGUUCGCGGAACCUGGACAACCAGAAUAUCACCUGGAUCGCGAUUGGCCUGGAUGGCUUGUGUGGGGCAAGAGCUUUAAUGCCAUGCGAGCAAAUCCUAUCGAAUUCACGGACUUCGAUGAACUAGAAACUUCAAGAAGAAAGCACAUCGGUUCUUUCUUGACAUUGGACUGGUAUCAAAAGUUCUUCAUGUACAUGAAGCAAGAACCAAGAGACACCUCUGAAGAUCGAUUCCGAAUACAAAACACAACCUUACUCGUUCAAACUUUUGAGUUGAUGCAUUCCGGACUUACAUCAGCUACUUUUGAUGAUAUCAAGAAAGAGGUCAAAAAUGUUUUGGAAGAUGGUAGUGACAAACAUCAGCAUCGUGCAACGGCCGAGAUCGUAGCUGGUCUUAUGCUUUCUACAACUGACUUCCCGACUGAGAAACGUGAUGAGAUUUGGCAAUUCUGCCUGCCCAUUAUGCUGAACGUCUUUUCCGAAGGAUUAAACCCAGAAAACUUGACAUACUGGGUCACUGGUCUGCAUAUGGUUAUUGAUGGAAGAGAUCCAAGGUCUUCGAGAGAGCUUUUUGAUUUUCUCGUCUCAUUCCGAUUGGAUAUCACCUCAAACGCAGCUUUUAAAGAUAGUUCCAAGAUUCAACUCUUGAAUAUUGCUAUCUCUGAUGCUGGAUGGCAUUUCCGUAAUGACGAGCCCAUUCUACGAGAUUUUCUUGACCACAUCGACCACCCAUACAAAGCUGUGAGAGAAGCAAUUGGCCGUGCGAUCGCUACUAUCUAUCGUAUGAGGUACUACGAGGCGUUCAAGGAUGUAGACACCCUUCUUGAGGCGAACAAGAUGGCAUCUUCUAUUGGUAUAAAGCCUUACAUACCUACCGCGGAUUUCUCUUCAACCAUCAAGGAAGUCUUCGAUCGACUAGAAGUCUGGCGUGGUCAACGACCUCCGGGUGAGCAAUCUCCAACAUCGUACACUAAUGGUAGCAAGACUGUGUUGAUAUGGCUCGAUGCUACUUUACAAUCUUACGAGUGUACCCAACUCAUUGACUUUUUUCCGGAUGUGUUUAUGGAACAAUUACUACACAUGAUGGAUGUCAAAGAGGAUCAAGAACUUCAGCGUCUCGCCUAUCACGUCUAUCGCCACCUUCCCAAUAUCCCCUUCCGUGCUGGUGAAGACGGCAAAUUCAUCUCGGCCCUCAUUCGUAUCGGCAAGGUCUCCACAUCAUGGCAUCAACGCUUACGAACCUUGAUCAAUAUGCAAGUAAUCUAUUUCCGCCGCAUAUUUCUCAUCCGUCCCACCGAACAGCAAGCCAUUUUCUCCGCCGUCGCCGAAAUGCUUGAAGAUCCACAACUCGAAGUCCGUCUCGGCGCAUCAACCACCCUUGCUGGCAUGAUUCGAUGUUCGCCCAUCAUUCUUCGUAACAAUAUCCUUUCCUCCCUGCGCAUCAAAUUUACACAAGCUCUCAAGAAAAAUCCCAUGCCCAAGAAACUGCCAGGUGUAAGCACACCAGUAAACUCAAAUGCUCAGAUCAUUAGAAGACAUGCGGCUGUUCUCGGACUCGGCGCCCUUGUAAAUGCAUUCCCAUAUGCAACACCACCGCCCGAAUGGAUGCCCGAGGUCUUGGCUACAUUAGCAAGCAGAGCUGCAAAUGAUGCUGGUGCAAUUGGAAAGACUGUCAAGAGUGUUUUGGCCGAUUUCAAGAAGACACGACAGGAUACUUGGGUUACAGAUCAAAAGUAUUUCACACCCGAGCAAUUAGAAGAUCUAGAAGGCGUGCUCUGGAAGUCUUACUUUGCAUAA